UUCAAAUUAGGAUUUUCAAUUUAUUAUUCCCUAAAUAGGACUCCAGAUUACAUAUGUACUUUUAAUCUAAUUAAAUCACAAUUGAUUGCAACAUAGACUCCAUCUGGGUCGAUCUCCAUCACCGUGGACUCCAUCUUGAUUGAUUUCUCCAGAGGCAAAAAUCCGCCGUGGUGUUUGGUAGUGAAGAUGACGAGGGAGACACCAAUUUGGGCAGCAGUUUCAACCCAUUAUUGGCAGACAUCCAGAGAGGUAGGGUUGAUAACAAAGGGUCAUCGUCAGUGCCCCACUCACGAUCUGUGAAAGUAUUAACAUCAAAUUGAAGCAGAAGGAGAUGAUAAGCCGCCAUUUGAGUCGAGAGAAGGUUGGGAGAGGGAUGAUUGGCAACGGUGGAGGUGUUAUGGGCACCUCUCCUACAAUUUCUCGAGUCAAGCCAGAAAGGAAAGCAGAUUCCUCUCACAUUUGGCGGGAUAUUUUACGUAGCAAGGACAUCAUUCGUAAUGGGCUCGGAUGGCAGGUGGGAGACGGGAAAGAGAUCUCCUUUUGGUUCGAUAUUUGGGUGAAUGAUAAACCCCUCCAUGAAGAACUUGAUUCCCCGUUAGCGGCUUCUGCACGACAGGUCAAAGUGGCUGAUUUUUUACUGAGCAACCGAGAUUGGGAUAUCUCAAAACUGGAGACAUUACUCCCUGAGGAAGUCGUAGAGGAGGUGAGAGCAGUCCCUAUCCCGACGGGAAGUGAUUACCCAGAUGAAAUGUAUUGGAGAUCUUCAUCAACAGGUGAAUUUUCUGUAAAAUCUGCUUAUGAUUCGUUAGCUUUGUCACAGGUGAAUGAAGAUUGGAGCUGGUUAUGGAAGAUACGCACGUCCGAGAAAGUACGAUGUUUUCUUUGGCUUGUGAUGAAAAAUAAACUGCUCACCAAUGCAGAAAGAGGUAAACGACACAUCACUGAAGAUACUUCUUGUAAUCUUUGUAACAACGAGGAGGAAACAGUGCUCCAUAUCCUCCGAGACUGCCCUUUUGCCAUGGCAGUUUGGAGGAAAAGCGGGUUGGGCUUGCCGAGAAUCGGAGAUAUGAGUCCAACCAGUCUCGAGUGGGUCCAUAGCCACUGUAAAGCUGCAGGAGACACUUCGGGUAGAACACCUCAUGCUUCCAGGUUUGCAUAUACAGCUUGGUUGGUUUGGAAGUCAAGAAAUUCUUGGAUCUUUGAGGGAAAGAAGCCUGAUGUGGAUCGGAUAGUUAGGAAGGCACACCUUUUAGCUGAGGAAUACACUAAUAUAACCAUUCUCAAUAGUAUCAAGCAACAGAAGGAGGCUAAAAUUGUUAAGUGGAUUCCCCCAGAAUCGGGAUUCUUCAAGCUAAAUUGUGAUGGGUCUAGCCGAGGAAGGAGAAAGGGAGCCGGGGCAGGUGGACUAAUACGCAACCACAAAGGUGAAUGGGUGAGUGGCUUUAUACUAAAUAUUGGAAAGACGGAAUGUUUUAAAUCAGAGCUUUGGGCUCUAAGACAGGGUUUAUUGUUAGCUUGUGAUCUCGAUAUAAAUAAAGUUAUUGUGGAAGUUGAUUCUGAAAGUAUGCUAAAAGUUGUUAAGAAGAAAAAUAGUCUCACCAACAGAAUAGGGGUGUUGGUUCGGGAUUGUCAAAAGCUUCUUGCAGAUGAAAGAUUUAUCAAAUUUCAACACACUUUUCGCGAAGGAAAUAAUUGUGCAGAUUCACUAGCUAAUGCCGCUCACGAGUCAGCAAAGGGUCUCUUAAUACUCCACGAACCACCUGUCUGGAUUAAGAGUUUACUUCAGGAGGAUGCUAAUGGUUUUGAGCGUAUUAGAUAUUAAUGUAUUUCUGUUUUUUCACUUCCGAUGUAACCAAAAAAUACAAAUAUUGAAGUUGCUCAUGUAUAGAAAUAAUUUAAAUUAUUACUAC